AUGAAAGCUAUUACUCAUGUUCCGACUUUUUAUCUUCGCCCGCUUGUUUUGGUACUCUUGCUCAGCCACACAUUUGCGGUCAAGAAGUCUUAUGUGGUGUACAUGGGAGCUCAUUCACAUGGAAAAGAAGCCACACAAGCCGAUUAUGAUAGAGUCACUCAGUCUCAUCAUGACUUUCUUGGGUCAUUUUUGGGAAGUUCGGAUAAGGCCAAAGCUGCCAUUUUUUACUCUUACACUCGACACAUCAAUGGAUUUGCUGCAACUCUCGAAGAAAAUGAAGCACUUCAAAUAUCCAAGCAUCCAAAAGUUAUAUCUGUAUUCUUGAAUCAAGCAAGAAAGUUACACACGACGAGAUCGUGGGAUUUUCUUGAUCUCGAAAAUGAUGGAAAAAUUUCGGUCGAAUCUUUGUGGAGGAAGGCCAAGUUCGGUGCAGAUGUCAUCAUCGCCAAUCUCGACACGGGCGUAUGGCCAGAAUCGGAAAGCUUUAGCGACGAUUUAAUAUUGGGUCCGACUCCAUCACAGUGGAAAGGAAUAUGCCCGACUCAUUGGAAUACAAACUUUGAAUGCAACAGGUUGAAGCUGAUCGGUGCCAGAGAAUUCUACGAGGCGUACAACGCGGCCGGGGGACACAUCAACUCAACCUUCCGCACACCGCGCGACUAUGAAGGCCACGGGACCCACACCCUAUCGACAGCUGGCGGCAACUUUGUUUCUGGGGCCAACAUCUUCGGCUUCGCCAAUGGCACCGCCAAGGGCGGGUCACCCAUGGCCCGCGUGGCAACCUACAAAGUCUGUUGGCCGCCCUUAAAAGGCAAGGGAGGUUGUUUUGAUGCUGACAUCAUGGCAGCCUACGACAUGGCCAUCCAUGAUGGGGUCGACGUACUCUCGGUCUCCUUGGGUGGUGGUGCCAUCCCCUUUUUUAAAGAUGUUAAUGCCAUCGGGUCGUUUCACGCGGUGAGUAAAGGGAUCGUGGUCGUCUUUUCGGCCGGUAAUUCGGGGCCAAACCAAGGUACGGUUGUAAACAUUGCGCCUUGGCAGAUCACGGUUGGCGCAAGCACCAUGGAUCGAAAAUUUCCUAGCUAUUUAAUAUUAGGGAACAAACGAUUCGAGGGAGAAAGCCUUUCAGACAAAUCGCUUCCAGAGGGAAAGUGGUUCGCCAUAAUUUAUGCGCGAUAUGCAAAUGCCUCUAGCGCAACAGCAGAACAAGCGGAGUUGUGUGAACCUGAAUCUCUAGAUGCUAAAAAGGUGAAAGGGAAGAUCUUGGUUUGUCUAAGGGGAAUCACUGACAGGGUCGACAAAGGCAGGCAAGCAGCCUUAGCUGGUGCUGUGGGAAUGGUUUUAGCAAACGACGAGGCCUCUGGGAAUGAGAUCAUAGCCGAUGCUCAUGUCUUGCCAGCUACACAUAUAAGUUACAAAGAUGGACUUGCUCUCUUAUCUCUAAUGCACAAAACAGGCAGGUUGCCCGUGGCUAGUAUCACAAAACCGACAACUCUUUUAGACACAAAACCAGCACCAGUAAUGGCAGCUUUUUCAUCGCAAGGGCCAAAUACUAUUAUGCAGGAAAUUCUCAAGCCGGAUAUCACGGCACCAGGAGUUAGUAUCUUAGCCGCAUAUAGCGGAGCAGCUGGACCGGCAGACGAAGAUUUUGACAAGCGACAUGUGAAGUUCAAUGUUGUAUCAGGCACUUCAAUGGCUUGCCCACACGUUGCUGGGGUCGUCGGCCUCUUGAAGAAGCUCUACCCAGAUUGGAGUCCGGCUGCCUUUAAGUCCGCCAUCAUGACCACUGCAAGUACAAUCGACAACACUUAUCACCCAAUCACCAACAACAACAACUCGAAAGCUACACCGUUAAGUUAUGGAGGAGGACACAUUGAUCCGAAUCGGGCAAUGGACCCUGGACUUGUUUACGAUUUACAAACAACCGAUUACCUCAACUUGUUAUGCGCCAUUGGUUUUAACCAAGCACAGAUUAAGUUGUUCUGGAACAAUUCAUUCACUUGUCCCAAGCAGAACAUUAGCCUCACCGACUUCAAUUACCCCUCGAUCACAGUCCCCAACCUCGAGUGCCCAGUCAUCGUGACUAGAAAGGUAAAAAAUGUAGGGCCGCCAGCCGCUUACAAAGCCUUCGUUUGUAGCCCACCUGGAAUAUCAGUACAAAUCAAGCCGAAGAAGUUGGACUUUAAAAAGAUUGGGGAGGAGAAAGAAUUUAAGGAAAGGAAAUCACAGGCAGAAUUCAUUCACGAAACCCUCAUUUCACUUCUCUUCAUCAUCUCCCUCUCGCCUCCCCACCGCAGCCUCCACCUCCACGGAUCCACCAAGCCCGGCGACAGUAGGAACUCCGCCGCCUCCACGACUCCACCUCAGCCUCCUCACAAGGUUCUUCUCACAUCGUCUGGUUCCUUGACUCUCGCUCUCGCCUCUCGCCCAGCUCUCGGCAGCCCCGAUGUCCCUUCUCCUCCGCUCUCUGUACCCUACAUCCCCUGCUCCUCGACUUUCUACUCUAAAGGUAUCAUUUUAUUUUUCGUUUGA